AUGUCAGGCUAUCACAUUGGACCCUUCGGUCGUAUGUUACCAUCCAGAGACGGCCAACUGUCGGAACAGCCCUCGGAGUGUACAGCUAAUCGAUCAGAAUCCGGGGAUAACCCAUACCAGCUUCCACCCCCUCGGACCCCGGCGAACUUGCAAUUUGGAUCAGACCCAUUUCUACGGAAUCGCCAGAGCGACAAUGAUGAGCCAGGAAGGGGACCUGUAUCAGCGGAGUCUGCAUCUCAGCGACAACAGACCGAGCAACUUCCUUCCGUCAGGCAAUUGUUGACACCAUCCAACGACCCGAGCUCUCCUCCCUAUCCUCAAUCAUUCGGGACAUCUGCGCGCAAUAUGGACCAUCGCGAGCAUUCAUAUCCCUAUCGCCAUCAUGGCCAGAGUUUAUCAUCACAAAUCACCCCGAUCGGGGCACAAGACAGACCUCAACCUCGCACAGAAUCUUUUCUACAGCCCCAAAGUGGCCUCCCGGCAUUGUCUCGGGUGGCUAUGCAUAGUCCACAAGACAUUAAGCACCAUCCAGCAACUCGAAUUGAUCCGACGGCAACCUCCAUGCCACACAACCAGUCACCUUUCCACGGUCCUGCCCAUCACGAAAAGGCCCUAAGCAGUGACAUUUCGUCGCCAGAGAGCGGGAGUCGGACGAUCGGAUCUACUACGCUUCCCCACGUGGUGGACGAGCGAUACAUCGAUGGUGAAGGGAUCUGCUACAUCUAUGCAGAUGGGUCGCACUGUCCCAAAGCCAUUGAGGGAAUACCUGUCAACGCAAACUGGGGUGUUACUAAGGCUGGCAAGCCGAGAAAGCGACUCGCACAAGCGUGCCUGACCUGCCGUGAGAAGAAGAUCAAAUGCCAACCUAACCUACCUAAAUGCGAUCAAUGCCAGAAGUCUGGACGUGAGUGCAGAUUCGAGAGUGCCCCCCGGGGAAAUCGCUCAUCUAUGAGAGGUUCUCACUCUGCAGGGCCUUCAAGCAAAUACGAUGGAAAGGAAGGAUUUUCCCCCGGCCUUGCGAAUUCGGACGUUUCCCCUUUAUACAACAUGCCAAGAGCCUCGAACAGCGCAACUUCGUUACCGGGGACCAGUGGACACUCGCCGAAUUCUGAGGGGGCCAGGCUCACACCAACAAAAACAGAAAGCACCUACGAGACAAUGGCCGACGCGGACAGAGCAUAUCGAUCACGGAUGUACAGGAUUCCACGCCCUUUCGCUGGUCAAGAUUCGGUUACACGAGCACCGGAGCACAUUGAGGCCAAUCGACUCCCCGAGUACACCGAGAUUCUGGGUGAGCUAAGGGAUAUCAACCCCGAUGACCCGCUUACGAGUUCUUGGAACAUCGACCCAUAUGAAAGCGACCCCGAGACUACCAUGCAUUAUAUCGGAGCUUACUUAUCAAACGUGAACGAUGGAGUGUAUCACAUCUUUCCGCAUGCACGAUUCAUUCUGUGGUUGAAAUCGAGCCAUACGAAAUCAGCAGAGGAUAAGAUGCUACUUUACUCGAUGAUGGCUCUUGGUUCGAUUUUCUCUGACCGGCCGGGUAAAGUCAUCGCCUUAAGAAAUUAUUCCCGUAUUGCGCGCUUCGCCGUUCAGAAGAGCCAGCAUACAUUGUCUUUGCAGCUGGCACAGAGCCACCUCAUACUCAGUCUGUGGUACUAUGCUACUGGGUCUUUGGUAGGAUGUUGGGACUCAAUCGGCGCGGCAGGACGGGCAGUCUCAGGCUUGCGAUAUAAUAUGGAGUCUGGGGGUGUUGUUGUGGACCACAGCCAGGUUCGCGAUUAUGGACUGCAUCCACAGGCGUUGAUUGAGUGUCGCCGCCGAACAUUCUGGGUCGCUUUUGUUCUGGAUAGAGUAUCAAGUUUCUUCUCUGCACCCUCGUCAUUCAUCUCCUCAGAAUCGGCAUUGAUCCGACUGCCAUGUCGGGAAGAGAUAUACGAGGCACAACAAUACACCACAGCACCAUUCUUCCAAUCCGUCCUCAAUCAAUCCCCCGCACCGGAAGAUGACCGAUCUGCCCUGAGCCCCAUGGCAUAUUUAAUUCAAAUCCUCUCAAUUUGGGGAGACGUCUCCCUCCAUAUUCUCCGCCUAUCCCACAUCCCGACAGAAGGAUAUAUCCGUCUCGCCGAAGAGUUUCACAUCAACAUUGUCCGCCGAAGCGAAGACUGGCUUCGUCAAAUUCCCGAACACCUGAUAUUCUCAGCCAUCAACAUGGAGCGAGCUAGCCAGGCCAAGCAAGCGGACACCUUCAUUUCAAUCCACAUGUUUUACCACGCCACAUUGCUGAAACUCUAUCGGCACGCUCGAUACCAGGGCCUGCGAUCCGAGCUUUUGGUCCAGUACAUCCACCGAGCUCGCUAUCAUGCAGUGGAGACGCUCCGGAUCGCUCUUGCGGUCGCUCAAUUCGCAAAUGAUAGGCGAUCCGCCCGAUCUUCCCCGGAGACUUCAUCGCCCAAAUUGAUACUCUUGAGCCCGUUCUUAGGCUAUGCGGUUUUGUCAGCCGUUGACGUGCUGAGCGCGGCUGGCCUAGUCGCAGAACUACCUGAAUGCAUCUCUUUCAUCAGAGGGGCGCUCGGCAUGGUCCAGCUUCUCGGACGCCACUGGGACAGUUCCCUAGAAGUGACGAACAUCAUCCAGAAGCGACUGGAUUCGAUGAUCGAUUGUCUCAAUGACCGCAUCCGAUCGCAGGAUAAAAUGGGCUUCGCAGUGAAUGGUCCCUCUCUCGAAACGAAGAUCCAUUCGUAUACCUCACCUUCUCGUUCGCCCAUUGCCCUCGAAGAGGAUCUAUUUUACGGAUCUUUGCCACGAGAAGUCCUUCUACACUACAUGCGGACCGACGACACUGCAUUUUCAGAGCCUAGUAUUGUCUGGUUGAAGGAUCACUGA